AUGACUACCAUAGUCUUCGUGCAUGGCGCCUGGCACACCCCCGCCCACUACGAAGCAUACCUCUUCGCGUUGCGCGCGCAGGGCUUCCCCGUCUACAGCCCGCAGCUGCCGUCGUGCUCGAACGACGACGACAGCACGAGCGGCCUGGCCGAUGAUGUGGCCUGUGUGCGCGAGCUGCUCUCCCACCUGAUCGACACGCAAGGCCGGUCCGUCCUGAUGAUCAUGCACUCGUACGGCGGGGUGGUCGGCACGGAAGCUCUAUUGCCCUCCUUGACGGCUUCUCAGCGAAGCAAAGAUGGCAGCGAAAGUCACGGCGGAGUGACCCAUUUGUUAUAUGUCGCUGCGUAUGCGCUUCAGGCGGGCAACAGUGUGUCGGGUACCCUUGAAGAAUGCGGAUGGGCGCAUCUCUGGCCGUUGAACUUCGACCUGGGCGAAGACAGAGGCGGGCGGACGCUUCCCCGGUACCCGAAGAUGAUGUUCUACGGGGACGUUGCAGAUGAGGACCUUGUCGAGCGUGAGACAAGGAUGCUUCUCAGGAUUCCCAUGUCGGUCUUUACGACGCCGGCGAGUAGUGAGGUCUGGCGCGACGUGCCUUUUACCUAUGUGUCGACGUUGCAGGAUAAUGCAUUGCCCAAGAACGCGCAGGAUCUCAUGCUGAAUAAGAUCCGUGCCAAGGGGGUGCAGUUCUCCCUGGUCGAGUUGGAUACCUGUCACACACCGUUUCUCACUAGGCAGGAGGAGAUGGUCAAGAUUGUUAGAGAUAUAGAUAGUUGUUAG